CCAGAGCAUCUGCACAGAGGAGGAGUGUGCAUGUUCUUCUCUGCUGCUCCAAGCAAUGAACAGUUAGUCGCUCAACAAACAAGUGCUAAGUCGCCACUCAGCUUUUUGCAAGGAAAAAAGCGUGCCUUUUUGUUUGUUUGUUUGUUUUCUUUUUUUUUUUUUUUGACCCCAUGAAUUCUGGCUUGGGAUCUGAAGAAGGUCAUCAACGGGCAGAGAAAUAUCUCAGAGGAAAACAUGUCCCUUGCUCGGAUUGUGGCCUGCCUCGUCCUGCUAACCGCUUUCUGGGAAUUCUCCUCUGAAUCCAACCACUCCAGGAGCUUUCCUUGCGACGAAAAAACAGAAAAUGACUCUGUGGUCGCAGAGUGCAACAGCCGCCGCCUGCUGGAAGUGCCUCGGACGGUGGGAAAAAACGUGACAGAAAUCGACCUGUCUGAUAAUCUCAUCACUCAGAUCACAAACGAAUCGUUCCAGCAGCUGCAAAACGUCACCAAAAUCAACCUUAACCACAACGCUAACCAGCAGCUCCAGGGUGAAAAUCCCAGUGUGAGUCAAAACGGCAUGAAUAUCACGGACGGGGCCUUCUGGGGCCUCAAAAACCUGAGCGAGUUGCUGCUGGAAGACAACCAGUUGUAUGAAAUACCCGCCGGACUGCCCGACUCUCUGCGGGAGCUCAGUCUAAUUCAAAAUAAAAUCACUUCUCUGAGGAAAAGUCACACUUCAGGACUCCACUACCUGGAAAGUCUCUACCUGGGCUGGAACUGCUAUUUUGUUUGCAACAAAUCACUGAAUAUAGAAAAUGGCACGUUUAAAGAGCUCACAAAUUUGCAGGUGCUGUCGCUGUCCUUUAAUAACCUGGGCCGCGUGCCGUCUACACUGCCGGCCUCCCUGACCAAGCUUUACCUGAGCAACACCAAGAUCAGAAACGUGAACCGGGACGACUUCCAGGGGCUGGAAAAUUUGCGAUUAUUGGAUUUAAGCGGGAACUGCCCCCGGUGCUUCAACGCGCCGUUCCCCUGCACGCCUUGCGACGGAGAAGCAUCCAUCCACAUUGAUCCUUUGGCUUUCCAACCGCUGGGGCAGCUCACGCACCUCAACCUGUCCAGCACGUCCCUGCGCGCUGUCCCGGCCUCCUGGUUUGAAAAUAUGACUUCUCUCAAAGUGCUCGAUCUGGAAUUCAACUAUUUAGUGCAAGAAAUCGCCUCGGGGGAAUUUUUAACAAAACUGCCCCAUUUAGAGACACUUGACUUGUCUUUUAACUACCAAAAAACAAGCUAUUUGCAAUAUAUUAAUAUUUCCAAAACCUUUACUGAGCUUCGCUCUCUCAGGACACUGCAUUUAAGAGGUUACGUGUUCCAAGAACUGAGAAAAGAACAUUUCCAGCCGCUGAUGAACCUGCCACAUUUAAACACCAUUAACUUGGGCAUCAACUUCAUUAAACAGAUCGAUUUUAGCCUUUUCCAGAACUUCCCCAGCCUGAAAACCAUCUACUUGUCGGAAAACAGAAUCUCGCCUCUGGUCAACGAGACGGAACAAAAAAAUGGACAAAACCUUCUAGAAAAUUCCUCUCGGCCUGGUCACGUGCUGCGAACACGCUCCACUGAGCCAAAGUUUGACCCGCAUUCCAAUUUUUAUCACUACACCCGUCCUCUGAUCAAGCCGCAGUGCACCGCGUACGGCAAAGCGCUGGAUUUGAGCUUAAAUAGCAUUUUCUUUAUUGGAGAAAAGCAAUUCGAAGGUUUCCAAGACAUCGCGUGCCUAAACCUGUCAUCGAACGGCAACGGCCAAGUGCUGCACGGGAAAGAAUUUUCUGCUCUGCCUCGUCUUAAGUAUCUGGAUUUGACCAAUAAUCGAUUAGAUUUCGACGACAACAAGGCUCUGAGUGAACUUUCCGAGUUGGAAGUUCUGGAUCUGAGUUCCAACGCGCAUUAUUUUAGAAUUGCGGGUGUCACGCACCGUCUGGGAUUUAUUAAGAAUUUAACGCAGCUCAGAGUCUUAAAUCUGAGCCACAAUGACAUUUAUACUUUAACAGAAUAUCAACUGAACAGCGUGUCAUUGAACGAGUUAGUUUUUAGCAACAACCGCCUCGACCUGCUGUGGAAUAAUGGCGACCACAGAUAUUGGUGCCUUUUUUAUUGUCUGCAAAAUCUAACUCGGCUCGAUUUAUCCUUCAAUAAACUGCAACAUAUUCCGGGUGAGGCCUUCAGCAAUCUUCCGCAGAGUCUGAAUGAAUUGUAUAUAAAUGAUAACAUGCUGAGUUUCUUCAACUGGACGUUGCUACAACACUUUCCUCAUCUGCAGCUGCUUGAUCUAAGUGGCAAUCAUCUAUCCUUUGUGACUCAUAGUCUCUCCCAACACGCGUCUUCGCUGAAGUGGCUCCUGCUGAGCCGGAACAAGCUGCGAUUUCUCCCUUCCGGCUUCCUGUCCGAAUCCAGUAGUUUGGAGCACCUCGAUCUAAGAUCCAACCAGCUCAGGAGAAUCCACACAUCCACGCUUCCGCCUCAGACCAACUUGAAGCAUCUGGAGCUGGGCGGGAACCCUUUCGAUUGCACGUGUGACAUGAGUGACUUCCGCAUCUGGAUGGACGAACAUCUGCAUGUCACAAUCCCCAGGUUGACAGAUGUGUUGUGCGCCAGUCCCGGCGAUCAGAGAGGGAAGAGCGUGGUGAGCCUCCAACUCGAGACUUGCGUGUCGGACGCUGUCGCAGCCAUCCUGUUUUUCUUCACCUUUUUCCUCACCUCUCUGGUCCUGCUGGUCGCCAUGGCUCACCAUCUGUUCUCCUGGGAUGCCUGGUUCAUGUACCACGUGUGUCUGGCCAAGGUGAAAGGUCACAGGUCACGUGCUGCUUCCAGAACUUUCUACGACGCUUAUAUUUCUUAUGACACCCAAGACGCGUCUGUGACGGACUGGGUGAUGCACGAGCUGCGCCCCCACCUGGAGGAGAGUGAGGACAGCCAUGUCCUGCUCUGCCUGGAGGAGAGGGACUGGGACCCAGGGCUUGCCAUCAUCGACAACCUCAUGCAGAGCAUCCACCAGAGCAAGAAAACAAUAUUUAUUUUAACCAAAAAUUAUGCAAAAAGCUGGAAUUUCAAGACUGCCUUCUACCUGGCGCUGCAGAGGCUAAUGGAUGAAAACAUGGACGUGAUUAUCUUUAUCCUGCUGGAGCCGGUGCUACAGCACUCGCAGUACCUGAGGCUGCGGCGGCGCCUCUGCAGGAGUUCGAUCAUGCGCUGGCCUGACAACCCCCGGGCGGAAGGUCUAUUCUGGCAGAGUCUGAGAAACGUGGUCUUGACUGAGAAUGAUUCACGGUAUAAUCAUUUCUACGUGGAUUCCAUUAAGCAGUGCUGAUUGAAUAGUCAAUCACCAAA